UAAUAGCUGAUUUUGUCAUUACGAAGUGUUUUUUUUCUGUGUUGCUGUUUUUUUAUGAAAAGGUUUUGUUUUAACAACUUGCUCCCAAUACUAGCUACUACAUUGUUUUACAGAUAGAGCAAAUAAUGUCUGUUCAAUUCAAACAAAUAAUGUCUGUUCAAUUCAAACAGUCUGUUCAAUUCAUAGCCUAUGGAAGAGUAAAUUGCAUUUAACUGUGACCACCUGCUUACACGGUUGCCUCGAUCUGUGUUCUUCCAAUGUUACCAUAGUAACCCGCCCCCUGGGGUAGCAAACUUUGGAGUGAACUUGACUACCUUGAUACAAGUACUAUUUAUGGAAACUAAACAGCGAUACUCUAUCCGAUUGUUCCGCAAUAAGAAAUAAAUGGCUUUGAAAAAUAUCGACCCUUUGUCGCUCGAUGAAACAAAUGACGAGAACAAGGAUGACAGUAAGGAGCAAGAAAAGAGUGUUUCGCUUUGGGAGCAUGAAGCGCUUUCCCAGAUUCCCAUCAAGGUAUUCAGGGGUCAUACAGAUGCAGUCAGCAACUGUCACUUCUGUUUUGAUGACACGAGAAUCCUGACCAGCUCCCACGACAAGACUGCUACACUCUGGGAUUCUGAUACUGGGACCUCCCUACAGGUUUUCAACGGUGGGCAUAAAUCCCCCAUCACUGAGUGUACCUUGGUUCCGAAGAAGAACAGGUUCAUUACAGCUUCGUUGGACAAAACCCUCGUUGCCUGGGACCUAGAGACAGGAAAGAUAAUAUGGACAGCACCUCAUGGAGGCUUUGUGACCUCCUGCAGCGCUUCGGGCGAUGGGAAGCUGGUGGUGUCCGCCUCAGACCAAGAGAAUGCCAUCUACCUCACAAACACAGACACAGGAGAGCGGGUCUUUUACCUUAAAGGUCACCACAAAUCGACUAUUACUCGGUGCAGGUUUGAUCCACAGGGCCAGCGAGUGGCCAGCGUUUCUAACGAUACAACUAUCAAACUGUGGGACCUGGUAUCCAACAAGACCACACUGACUAUAAAUAGCAACCACACUAAUGUGAUCUCCAGCUGCAGCUUCAACCACAACGGCCACUUACUUUGCAGUGCAUCGUGGGACAAAACCCUGCAGUUGUGGGAUGUCCAUCAGGGGACGUUUCGCUCCUGUGGCGGGGCCAUGCUGAGCAGGGGCCACGAAGGCAACAUCAGCUCAUGUGUCUUCUCCAACGACUCGUCUGUCCUGGUGUCGGGAGCCUUUGACAGAACGGUUGCCGUGUGGGACAUGGCGGCCUUCUGCAGAACGCUCGUCUUGAAGGGACAUUUGGAUUGGGUGACUGAUGUGUCAAUCAGCGCUGACAAAAAAUGGGUGGCCUCUGCCUCAAAGGAUUCAACUGUAAGAUUGUGGAAUAUAGAAAACUCUGAACAGAUACCUGAAGUUAUUGAGAAAAGGAAAGCUCAAGGAAUGGGCUUUCAUGUACUAAAGUGUGAGGAGUGUGGAAAGCCCUUCUCCCUGUCUAGAGUGGAGACUUCCGACUUGAUCACGAAGUGUGUUUUCUGCCGAUUGAAGACACCAACCAGAUACCAUCCCCAGCCCCCUCCUCUUGUCUAUUAAUUCAAAUUGAAAAUCAUCUACACACUAUGACAUAAUAAAACCUUCCAAUGUGUCACGAAUUUAAACCGUUUAAUGUCAUCAGAGUUCCGGGCGGCGCCGUGGCUUAGUUGGUUAAAGCGCCUGUCUAGUAAACAGGAGAUCCUGGGUUCGAAUCCCAGCGGUGCCUUUUAGCAAAUGAGAGUUUAUAAAGCCGUGAAUUUCACUGGUGUGUUAAUGAAUAAAACUAC